ACUGGAAAAGGUAAAAAAUCAAAUUGCGGUAAAUUGAAAAGUGGGAGUGGUAAUGGUUCACAGGAAAUAGGACAAAGUGAGGAUAAUCCGGACGUCUCCUGCAAGAAACGUAAAACACGUCGGGGUAAACCAAAGCACAGAAAGCUGAAGCCUUACACAAAGCAACCGCCAUACGAGAGACAACGUCGACGUUCAUUGGGAAGACUGAUGAAAAAAUCAACCCAACCCCCAGCUCCUUACAACACAACGCAAUUUCUCAUGGAGGAUCACAGUGAUCUGCCAGAUCUCGAGGAAAAAUUAGCCAAGACAUCGACGAAUCCCGAACUGACAGUUACCUUCCAAAAGCCAAGUGGUCCCCCAAGAACGAGAGACUCGAGUUUCAGCAUUGAUUCGGACGAGGAUUACUUCUACUCAUCACCAGAGGACGAAGAGGAAUUUCUCACCAAGGAAUUUUCAAGCGCUUACGAGGACCUCCACGCCGAGAGAUUAAGUGCCUUGUCCAAAUCAGAGUUGAUCGAGGAAUAUGUACAGCUCGAGGCGAAACUCGAUCUGUUGACUAAACGAAUGAGAUCGAAGAAUCUCCAGACUGAUGAGAUAGAGGGGAGAAAUGAUCUGGAGAUGGCCAAGAAGGUGAAGAUUUAUCAGCAGAGAAUAGAUGAUUUAAUGCAGCAGAAUGAGCAGCUCAGGCGUGAGAAUGAAACACUCAGGGGGAAAGAGGGCAGCUCAGAGUCUAGUGUAGACAGUGAGAGCGAUAGUGACAGCAGCAGCAGCUCAGAGCACACUGGGUGCAGCUGCUCUGAGGGCAGUGAAUCACCUGGAAUCAGGAGGCAUAAUGGCGAUGUCAGGGUCAAUGGCAGGGGUAAUGAGGAUAGGGAGAGGACAACUGAGAGCGUUAAUGGAUGUGCUACCACUCAGGAAAUUGAUGGACUUCCCACUUAGGAGACUCGACGACCUCUACGGAGUUUUUGCUCGUCUGCUAACAAGUGUGAUCCAAAAUAUAUUGACCAAAAAAUCGGGGAGGGCCAGGUGGAGAACGAUAUUUGGAAUUUUCAAUUUUUUAACAUUUUUUUUAACUACUGGAUUGAGAGGGAAAUUCAAGCUCGUUUUUGGCGGGAAUGCAUUUCUCGUUGAAUUGUUUUUUAAACGUUUUCUGAUUUUUUUUAGAGAAAACAGAGAAGUUGUCGUUUAAAAAAUACAAAAAUGCAAGUGGAUGUAAAUUUCCUGAGAGGCUCUCUUCAAUUUCCCUUGAAUCUUUCUCAGAGCUAUCCAAAAUCAAAAAUUCCAAAAUUCGUCAUCACCUACUUGUCUCCGUCAUCCUCACCGUCAACAUACGCUUCAUCGGACUCUCGCCUUUCGAUUAAUUUAAAUUAUUCUUUCCUCAUAUAUAUAUAUAUACUUUUUUUCGCUUCUGUUUUCGGAAUAAAAACUUGAAAAUCGUAAAUUAAUUCCUCUCGCUCCGUAGUUAGUUGUAAAUUCCACAAGUAAUUAUUGUUAACAGCACAAAAAUAUUAAUUUCCGGGUGAAAUCGAUAAUUGUUACGAUGUAAAAUAGUGCGAUAACACAGACCAUCAACUAACGAAGCGAGAUUUAAAGAUCAUCACGUCAUUGAAAAAUAAAAAUUUCCAUUUAUCAUUGAAUUGACAAAUUCUAAAUAUAGAUUAUUAAAUGCAGCGCAUUUGAAGAGAGUAUUAUUGCCACAUUAUUGUCAUGUGAAAUUAUGAAUCAUAAUUAAAUAACUGAUGCUAAUGAUGUGUGGCAUAAAGUUUAUAUAGAAUGGAAGAAAAAUUUUUCUCUAUUGUUGUACAAUUGUAUAGAAAAAUUUUUUAGUGAUAAGGCAAUUUAAUAUUCGAGAGAUAUGUUAGUUUAUGGUCUGAAAUUAUUUCCUAGUUCUUUUUUUUGCCAAUUUUAUUUUCGAUUUGUGAGGGUGGAAACUGUUCGUCGACGGAGAGAACAAAAUUUAUUAGCAUUUCCUUAAUUUUCUUCAUUUUCUUCAUUUUCAUUGUAUCGUUUGGGUGUUCAAAGAAUAUUUUUAAUUAUCCAGAGAUAA